CAGAAGGUGCCGCGCGGCGUGGAGGCGCCGCUCCGGAGGCAGCAACAGCUGGGCAGCCGUGCCAACGUGGGCACCGCCUGGCUUCUCCGCGACGAGGUGAGGAACCGACUGGGGGUGUCUGCAAAAGGCGGUGAGCUUCUCUCCCGCCAGCCGCUCCUCUUCUUGCUCGGUGGCAGGCAGCUGGCAGCGUGGCUGAAGAAGGACAGAGGGCAGUGCCUCGCCAGGAAUCAACAGCGUGAGGCAGAAGACUGUCCGGACUCCAGCGAGCACAAAACAGGACAGGAUGAACCACCACCUUUCCUGGUUGUUGAACAGAAGGCGUGAGUGUCCCCGAGCCGCAUUGCCUCCCCAUCUGCCCGCCAUGGAAUAGGCCUCUUGUCGGAGGAAAGGACCCCGUGCUCCCAGCGCUGGAGGAUGCGGGGUGUGUGACGGGCCGGGCUCCGCCGCCGUUGGCGAGGUGGGCGUGUUGCCCUGCCAUGAUGGGUGACGCCUCGACCUUGGAUUAUGAACUGCUGUCCCCAGGACGGUCAGAGCCCGGCCCCGGCGCCCUUGGGAUGGACGCUGAGCAGAAGACGGUCUUUGCCUUUGUCAUCUUCCUGCUGAUCUUCUUGGUGGUGCUGAUGGUCCGCUGCUUCCGGAUCUUGCUGGACCCUUACAGCCGGAUGCCGGCCUCUUCCUGGACUGACCACAAAGAGGGUCUGGAAAGGGGCCAGUUUGAUUAUGCUCUUGUGUAGUUUGGGGUCCAGUUGUGGUGCACUUUGGCCCGUUUGUGGGUGGGCGGUCUGUUUCGGGGGGGAGGGUACAGAAUAUGUGUGUGUGUGUGUGUGAGAGAGAGGGGCUACUUCUUCAUCAUUUUUUUCUGUGUAUUGGGAGGGAGGGACGCCUC